AUGCAGCAAUCUCAAUCUCGGAAUGUAGCAGCCUACCGUACUGAGCUUGGUACAUUGUUGGGAAUAUCACGAAAGAAAGUGCCGGCAUUUCCAUCGCAUCUGCUGUCAGCACGCCCUGAUGUGCCACGAAACCCAUUCGCCUUUGUGAAAAAGGAUCCCGGUGAUGAAUCUGGUAAUCGUUUCGCGACAUCACCGAUUUUGGUUAGUGCUAUGCCAGUUAUUUCUCAACAGAAAUCUGUUCUAACUGCCCUCUUUCACCUUGUCACAUCUCUUGGCAUCGACGAAUCCUUGUCUUUCAUUCAUGUCUCAUUCCUAUCGUCGGUACUCUGCCUUAUUCUUCAAACUGUUCACCAUAGAUUGAACGUGGUCAACGGCUUACUGUAUGCCGUUAGCAUUCGUCCAGUUCGUAGCAUGAAGUUGGGUGCAAUGGAAGUCGGCGGUGGAACGGAUGCUGAAGGACGUGGUUUAGAAGCACAAUGUCUAUUACCAUUCGUUUUCUGGAUGAAUCUCGUUGGAAAGCAGAGCGCGUCUAAGAAAACAUGCAAAGUUUUGGAAGAGUUGUGUCCCGAAUCCUCGUCGUCGGCACUUCGUGUGGUCGACGGCUCUGUUCCUAUUGGAGAACUGUCGACUUUGAGUCUAGAGGAGGUGUUUAUUAUUGUACGGAAAGAACUCGAACAUAUGCAAAGUUAUGAGAAGUAUAAGGAGGUGAUAUACAGGAUGAAGCUUGCCCAGUUUUACGACAAUUAUGUUAAUUCCUAUCCAAAAAUUUUGAACCUCAUCUGGACUAACGCCUUCCCUCAGCAGUCAUCUAGGCCAAGAUAUGUUCCUGGAGACUAUGAUAUGCAACAGAUGACAGAAUUUAUGGCAACUAUUCUACUACUCACCAUCACCAUCGUACCGACGCAGGGCAACAUUCCUGACGCCGACAGUGAAGUCAACAGCUUUUUAUCCGAAUAUCAAGAACUUCAGGAGGCCGAGGAUAAAAAUCUGCCUGAGCCGAAGGUAGUAAGCCUAUAG